AUGCGUCAACCGAUAGCGACACAACAGACUCCCGAUGGCGAGGAAUGGUAUUCUCCCGACAAGAUGCUUGCACGACACCCCAGUAAGCCUCAUAUCGGCAGCCUGGAGGAGUACCAGCAGAUGCACCAGCUCUCCAUCUGCGAGCCCGAUGCUUUCUGGGGAAGUCUGGCUCGCGAGCUUCUCACCUGGGAGCAUGAUUUCCACACCGUCAAGACCGGUUCUCUGGUCGAGGGAAACCCCUCUUGGUUCCUCGGUGGAAAGCUGAACGCUUCUUUCAACUGCGUGGAUCGCCAUGCGCUCAAGAACCCUAACAAGGUCGCCAUCAUCCACGAGACUGAUGACGGAAACAAUGGACAGUCCAUCACAUACGGAGAGCUGCUAAAACAGGUGUGCAAGGUCUCUUGGGCUCUUAAGGACCUUGGUGUUCGAAAGGGCGACACAGUCGCUAUUUACAUGCCCAUGGUUCCUGAAGCUCUUGUUGCUAUUCUUGCUUGCACACGUAUCGGCGCUGUUCACUCUGUUGUCUUUGCUGGUUUCUCAGCUGGUUCUCUCAGAGAUCGCGUCGUCAACGCCAAGAGCAAAGUCGUCAUCACCGCUGACGAGAGCCAGCGAGGUGGUAGGAUAAUCGGCAUCAAGAAGAUCGUCGACGAAGCCCUGAGCCCUCUAGAGGGUGUCCAGACCCUUGUUUUCAAGAGGACUGGGGCCAAUGUUGCGUGGACUGAGGGACGGGAUCACUGGUGGCACGAGGAGGUCGCUAAGUGGCCUAGCUAUAUCGCACCUGAGGCCAUGGACGCUGAGGAUCCUCUGUUUCUGCUAUACACCUCCGGAUCGACGGGUAAGCCAAAGGGCGUUUUGCACACCACUGGUGGCUUCCUGGUAGGAGCUGCUGCGACUGGCAAGUACGUUUUUGAUAUUCACGAGAACGAUCGAUACUUCUGCGCCGGCGACGUUGGAUGGAUCACAGGCCAUACUUACGUUGUCUACGCCCCUCUUCUUCUGGGUGUUUCUACUGUUGUUUUCGAGGGUACACCCACAUUCCCCAACGUCUCUCGUUUCUGGGAUAUCAUCGCAAACCACCAGAUCACACACUUCUACGUCGCUCCUACUGCGCUUCGUCUGCUGAAGAGAGCUGGCUCCGACCCUGUUGACCACGAUACCAAGAGCCUUCGAGUUCUCGGUUCGGUUGGUGAGCCUAUUGCCCCUGAGAUCUGGAAGUGGUACUACGAUGUUAUCGGCAAGGGUGACUGCCACAUCGUUGAUACCUACUGGCAAACUGAAACCGGCUCCCACGCCAUCACCCCUCUGGCUGGUGUCACACCCACCAAGCCUGGAUCCGCAUGCCUGCCAUUCUUCGGUAUCGACACAGUCCUCAUCGACCCCGUUUCAGGUGUCGAGAUCCAAGGAAACGGCGUAGAGGGCGUUCUUGCUUUCAAGUCUUCGUGGCCCAGCAUGGCCCGAACUGUCUAUGGUGACCACCAGAGAUUCGAGGAGACAUACCUCAAGGUGUACCCUGGAUACUACUUCACCGGUGACGGAGCCGCUCGUGAUCAGGAUGGAUUCUACUGGAUCCGCGGCCGCGUCGACGACGUGAUCAACGUCAGCGGCCACCGCCUCUCAACCGCCGAAAUCGAAGCCGCCAUGGUCGAGCACCCAGCGGUCGCCGAGUCCGCGGUAGUCGGCGUCUCAGACGAAGUCACAGGCCAAUCCGUCAUCGCCUUCGUCUGCCUCAAGGAAGCCUUCCGCGCCUCCGAGACCGAGGUGCACGCCGAGCUGCGCCUGCAGGUGCGCAACAGCAUCGGGCCGUUCGCGGCGCCCAAGAAGAUCUUCAUGGUGGUUGAUCUGCCCAAGACGCGCUCUGGAAAGAUCAUGCGCCGUGUGUUGCGGAAGGUGGUCAUGGGCGAGCAGGACCAGCUUGGUGAUAUCUCGACGCUGUCUGAUCCUUCAGUCGUGGAGAAGAUUAUUGAGGUUGUGGAGAAGAGUAGCUAA